CUCAGAGCUGGUGGAGAGGAGCACGAGAGCAGAGGAGACCACCGGGACUAACGACGUUUGUUUACGGGGAAACUAUGGAUAUGUUUAUUUCCUGUGGAUAAUAUUUUCACCACGCAUUGAAAAGGUCUCCGAGGACAGGAAGCAAAUGCCUGAAUACUAAAAGAGGAUUAAACCAGGGAUCCGUCACCUCUCCUAAGUAGGUGUGAAUUUCUGGCUGCAGCCAUGGGGAACCAGCUGACCGAGAUGGCCCCCAACACGCCAUUCCUGCCAAACUUCCAAUCCCUGCAUGUGGUCGUCAUCGGGCUCGACUCAGCCGGGAAAACCUCUCUGCUCUACCGCCUGAAGCUGAAGGAGUUUGUGAACACCAUCCCGACAAAAGGCUUCAACACAGAGAAGAUAAAAGUGUCCGUGGGGACGUCCCGGGUGAUAAACUUCCAAGUGUGGGACGUGGGAGGUCAGGAGAAGCUGCGGCCGCUGUGGAAGUCUUACACGCGCCGCACGGAUGGGAUGGUUUUUGUCGUGGACUCGACCGAGCUGGAGCGCAUGGAGGAGGCCAAAGUGGAGCUCCACAAAAUCACCCGCACCUCAGAGAACCAGGGCGUCCCUGUUUUAAUCCUAGCCAACAAACAGGACCUGGAUUCAGCGCUGUCUGUCAGUGAGGUUGAGAAGCUGCUCUCUGUGCAUGAACUGAGCACGUACACGCUGCAUCACGUGCAGAGCUGCAGCGCCGUGGACGGUCAGGGACUCCAGCCGGGCCUGGAGAAACUUUACGAGAUGAUCCUAAAGAGGAAGAAGAUGGUGAAGCACAACAGGAGCAGAAAGAGAUGAACUCACUGAGGACAUUAGCGAAGGAGAUUUAUCCACGGUCGAGACACUCCUAAUGGUCCCGGUUAAUGGGAGAGCAAUUUGUGCCAACUAAACAACAAUUACAAACGGCCUCAGGGUCGGAGAAAUGGAUUUGCUCAUAACAACCGAAGCAGUAUUGACAUAUUGUUUGUCCUACAGUCGUGCAGCUGCCCUUUGAAACCUAAACCUAUAGAUUUAAAGGGAACCAUGAUAGCAGUUAGUCCUCACUAAGUGCUUUUCUAAUCUUGAUUUAAAGAAGAAUUAUAACAAGAUGUUUGCUUGUUAGCUGUAGGACUAAUUUACAUCAAUGUGGCAUCAACGUAGAGAAGAGAAAUAUACAAACGCUCUGAAAUCCUACACAAGAUUGCACAGAUUCUGUCUCACUAAUCUCCUUUUUUCCUCUUAACUACUUCUCCUUAAUAUUUAUUCCACUUUUUUGUAAAUCACAUGAAAUGAAACAGAGUUUAGUGGUGACGAAGCACAAAUACUUUAAAAUUUCUUCACCAUGCUACCAGUAAUCCGAAGUGCUUUCCCUCCAUGGCCGCAGAGGUUAAGUUUCAGUUACACUAACAAUGUUUAUACCAGUUGUACAUUUUUUUUGUAACACUGAAUAAUUAAUAAAUCUGAAC